UUUGAUCUCGGAUUUUGUCACACGCAACAUCGCUUUUGCAGACACUGUCAUGACACGACGGCGAUGUGUCAUUACACUUAUGUUAAUAGUUGUCUUUAUCAAUGAAGUGAUACCCAGAUUUUGCCGAAAAUACGCCGAGCAAGUACUUUUGGUAUCAAUGGAUGGAUUCAGAUACGACUACCCAGAUAAAGCGAAGACACCUAAUUUUGACAAAAUGGAACGGAAUGGCGUGAGGGCGGAAUACAUCAACAGUACGUUUACCACAAAGACUCUCCCUUCACACUACAGCAUGGCGACAGGUUUAUAUGAAGAAAGCCACGGCAUAAUAGCAAACGAAAUGCAUGACCCAGAAUUCAAUGAAGACUUUUGUAUACAGUCGUUUCCAGACUCAAAAUGGUGGGCUCAAGGGGAACCGAUCUGGAUAACGGCCCGAAGAUAUGGCCUGACGUCUGGGACAAUACACUGGCCAGGGGGAUACAUAGAAAUGGAAGGAAUGAGCGCAAACAAAAUUCACAAAUAUAACAAAUCUGUUCCAUUCGAGCAUCGUGUAGAUAUGGCAAUAGAGAUGCUUGCAAAAGACAAAUUCAACUUCGUCUGUGUUUAUUUUCACGAACCGGACAAUACAGGACAUGAUUUUGGUCCGGAAUCAGCUGAGCUAUCCAAAAUGGUGGAGGAAAUGGACUCGCUUCUCGGUAAAUUACUCGUUAAAUUAGACGAGUAUGGACUUACAAAUUCUGUAAAUCUAAUUGUAGCCAGUGACCAUGGGAUGACAGCAACAGAUUAUGAUAACAAACUUAUUAAUAUUUAUGAUGUAGUGGAUCGAAACCUGAUUAAAACUACAUUAGAAAUUGGUGCCAUUAUGCAAGUGGUAACUGUAGAAGGGCAAGAGAAUUCUGUCGUCAGCGCCAUCAAUAGAAAUCCAAACUUGAAAGCCUACAGGAAGGACGACAUACCGGAAGUGUGGCAUUAUAAAAACAACCGAAGGGUCACGCCAGUGUUGGUGGUAGCCAACGAAGGAUGGACGAUCACACACGACACACAGUUGACCAGACAAACACCAAGGACGGGAGAACAUGGAUAUGACAAUAGCCUCAUGACAAUGCAGCCAAUAUUUUACGCCAUGGGUCCAAAUUUUCGGAAAGGAUUUUCAGCGCCACCCUUCAAAUUAAUCGACAUCUACCCUAUGAUAUGUGAACUACUCGCCAUACCGCCUUCCCCUAAUAAUGGUACACUGGACAAUACGGCCAACUUCCUGUGGCCACUACACAAUGAUCUGCCACUGUGUAAUGGGUUAAACUUUGGGGUAAUACAUAAUUCGCCAUGACGUAAUGUAAUUUAGUUUAGAAAAGAAAAAAAUACUAAUGGUGCUGAUGACUAAACGAGAGUAUUGGAGUUAUCAAGUGACAUUUUGUAUGUUUGUAAAUUGUGGGAUCUUAUCUUAUCUUUUCUUUCUUAACAACUUCCUUCUUCCUUAUGUGUCCCUUGACAAUGUAUCUCCGUAGGCCUUUAGUUGAGCGUUCGCCCCUGUGAGUAAGGCUGUGGGCUCUGUCCUCUGGCUAGGACAUACCAGAGUCUGUAUAAAUGAUAGUUGCUACUUCUGCUUAGCGCUCAGCAUUUUGGUAGUUGGAC